AUGAGGGCAUGCAUGCAUUCAGGAGUAGAGCCAGGAUUGGAUGAGAAUAAGGAAAUUAGAGUAUGGAAAGAAUUGACGUCAAAAUAUAUAGAGCCAGCUGUUCUGCUGGGUUGCCAGGUGGGCUCAUCUCUCACUUGCCUCUCUUGUAGAUUAAGCCACCAAUCAUUUCUAGCUAGUCGAUCUUCAUUCUCUUGA